GCAGAAGAAUUAUUAUCUACUUUUCUCUGUUUGAGGGAGACUUACCACGGAGGAGCUGCUCAGCCUUGAGAACUGGUUUUGUUGGGCGGUUGCGGUUGGGGGUGGAGCUUGGCUGUGAGCUAACCCCUCACGAGGGUGUCCACGAAAUGCGCGACCAGGACAAGCAUUUACUAAAAAGCACGUAGACCUGUUAGUAAUGCUUUAAAGGAUGCACACGAAAUGACGGGUUCAACGUCGAUAAUCGUCAGCCUGUCAUCGCUGUACCUUCAGGAAGCAUUUAUUGCAAGUUCCUGCAAUCAUCUAACGGGGCAAUGGUACUCACGUCGAGGGUAUUUGCCUACUGUUUUUAUUUUUUAUUUUUGAAUUAGAGGCCGAGUUAAGACAAGUAGCUGGUGGUGAGCCAGACACACACUCACACGCACACACUCAGACACACCGACACACAUCCAAUCUGAGGUUUCUUACCCAGCCACCUGCCCAGUCGUAUACGUUGACGGAUUUACACACACUCAUCUGUCCUUGAUCGUAUUCUCGUUCGCAAUUGUUGGGGUCAUUAGAUGGUGGCACUGGUCUCGCGCUAGCCUCUUUGCAGGAUAGUUGGGUGAGAUCCAUUCCGGAAAAGGGAACGCUCUUCAUCGAGACAGUGUAGGCCCUAGGGUGAGUGGAAGAUCGUGUGGGCAGAUUGAAUAAUUAUCGUUUCCCAGGCUCCACAAAAUCAUCCUCCGCAGUCGAUUGGCGAGAGGUUCACUUGGCUGGUUUCCUAUGGUAGCCAUGGGAGGGUGCAAGGUCGGGGUCGGGGUGCUCCUGAUCGUUCUCUUCGUGAUGGUUGUGUCGGUCGAUGGACAAGCACCAAUAGGGCCGCCAGUAGUCGGAGGGCCUGCUCCGACGCCAGUCCCAGCUCCCGCGCCACUGGAUUUCGCACCAGCACCGGAGCCCGCACCUCUAUGGCCCCCUUGCGACGGGGUGGAUGUCGUGUACCAAAAUACGCUCGUGGAGAAGAUCUAUCCUUUCCUUAACGACACCCCUUGGCUGCAACCAUACAAGUUCAGUUCCAUCGUGACGGUUACAAACAUGGGGUACUCCACGGUGGAGGGGUGGGCGAUCGGCAUGAAUUUCUCCAACAAUGAGAUUCUUGUCGCCGCCGAUGAUAUGCACUUGGAGGACGGGCGCCUCAUGCCUGUUGAUGUCUCUAAUGGCACCAUUCUCACCCAAGUUCCUGCGGGAAUAUUGAAGAAUGCCAUUGAGACUGCUGGAGACUUCGGUCAGAUUCGGAAAACCUUUGUCAUAACGGGUACUGAGUUCGGCCAGAAUAAGUUCUCCAUGCCGAAGAAUAUUAACAUAACGCAGAAGGGCUACAACUGCAGCAUUGCAGAAACCUUCUUCAAUACUACAAUGCACACUUGCUGCUCGGAGCCGAAUCGCAAUGUCACCCUGACUGACGAGGAAAUGUACCUGCCUCCUGAGAAAGGGAAUUUCACAAUCACUUAUGAUGUCACACAAGCUUAUCCAGGCAGCUACUUGGCACUUGUGACGAUUUCCAACGACAGCCCAUGGACGCGUCUAGAGAAUUGGAACCUCUCCUGGACAUGGCAAGAGAACGAAUUCAUCACAAAGAUGUUGGGCGCCACGACGCGCGCAGCUGACCUGGAUGUCUGUUUGAAUGGGCUUGCAGCGAAAACUUACCAGCAAAUGGACCUUAACAAGGCUCUCUCCUGCUCGAGGAGCCCCGAGAUCAUAGAUCUUCCCCUCGGUAGAAUAAAUGACACCCAGGUUGGCGGCAUCACAUACUGCUGUCGGAAUGGCACCCUCUGGCCUGCAGUUCUAGAUCCAGAGAAAUCCAAGUCUGCAUUUAUGUUGGACGUGAUGAAGCUUCCACCACAGAGCAGCAAGAUUAACAGCAUCACGCCCCCGGGAAACUGGAGGCUAGGUGAUGGGAGGUUCCAGUGUGGCAAACCUCGCCGGAUUGAGCCAACCAUCUUCCCCGAUCCCUACUUGAGCCAUGAUACAUCCGCUUUCAAGACAUGGCAGGUUACGUGCAAUGAAACUGCAGUCAAACGGCCUCGGAUGUGCUGUGUUUCAUUCUCGAAGUACACAAAUGAGUCCAUCGUUCCUUGUCGGACCUGCGCUUGCGGAUGCCCCAAAAAAAUUAAUCCAGUGUGUGACGCCAGCGCUUCCUCCAUGCUCCUUCCUUACAGCGCCAUCACCACGCCCCCGUUGAAUCGAACUCCUGAGAUCCUUGCAUGGGCAGAGAUGAAUCACAAGGUGCCCCCCAACCCGCUCCCUUGCAUGGACUACUGCGGCGUGGCCAUCAAUUGGCACAUUGUGUCGAAUUACACCGGGGGGUGGAGCUCUCGCAUGACGCUUUUCGACUGGUCCAACAAAACCUAUGCGGACUGGUACACCGUUGUGGAGAUGCCGAAUGCAUACCUAGGUUUCGAGAAGGCGUACUCCUUCAAUGCAACCGCAAUGCCGCCGACGAACGACACUGCGCCCAACACGAGCCUCCUCGUGACGGGACUUGAGGGGCUCAACUACUUAAUGGCUGCCACUAACCUGUCGGCAGGAAAGCUGCAGUCCGUCUUCUCCUUCACAAAGAAAACCACUCCAAAUAUUCGCGAAGCGGAUUUCUUCCCAACGAAGAUCUACUUCAAUGGAGAGGAAUGCACGAUGCCAGAGGGCUUUCCCAUCACUGCCGCCGCUUCAAUGCUCACCUCCACUGUGGUAACUCUCGUGGUGGUGGUAAUGUGCUCCAUGAUCCUCUUUCUGUGAGCAUCCCCAAAGAACGUGUAGUUUCUUCGUCAUUUUCUCUUGCAUGUUGAACAUAUUAUCGGUGCUCUGCGAAGUAGAGGAAUAGGUGGUGAGCACCGUACUGAUGUGAAUUCUUCAUUCUUUGGGCUGAUUGCUGUCGCUGUAGAAUGAGGUGCUUUACAGCGACUGCGUAAACAUGUCACGGUCCUCGAGUUGUAUAGUACGUACGACGGAAGACAGUCAGAAUUUUUAUCCCUUUGGUUAGGCUUCGAUUGAUCAAUCUGUCGGUGCGCGAUUGAUCUUGUAAUGGGUACAGCUAGUGGAGGUGCACACACGUGACAUCCUCUUCACACACGCCGUAAAUGAGUAAAAUAAUGGUAACCACUUCAUUGUCAAUCCACAAACUUUUUUCGAUUCCU